GGUAGACCGGAAUUCUCCUAACGGGGUGCAGAGGCAUCGGCUGCAGCAGCAGCAGCAGCAGCAUCGGUGCAGGCCCGGCCCCAGGAUUUGCAGCCCGUUCCCAUUCGUGUCCCUUUGGCCCCCCAGCUCUGAACCCCGGGCCCCGUCCCCGAGCUCAGCUCUCGGAUGUCCCAGCGCUCGGAGCCUGCAUGCGCCGUAGGGCGCUCCAGGACCAGGAGCUGGUGGGUCCAGCGGCUCCUGGUGGGCGGGAAACCCGGGGCCCCCCUCCUGCCUCGCGCCCCGUGGUCCCGGUGCUCGUCUUUCCCCCGGAUCUAGUGUUCAGGGCCGACCAGCGGAGCGGACACCGGCAGCUACUCACGCUCUAUAACCCCACGGGAGCUGCGCUUCGCUUCCGAGUCUUGUGCACAGCGCCUGCCAAAUAUACAGUGUUCGACGCCGAGGGCUACGUAAAGGCGCAGUCCUGCAUUGACAUUGUUAUUCGCCAUGUGGCCCCCAUUCCUAGCCACUAUGAUGUCCAGGACCGCUUCCGAAUUGAACUAUCCGAAGAGGGAGCCGAGGGCCGCCUGGUGGGACGCAAGGACAUCACUUCGGUCCUGCGGGGCCCAGCUCACUCCCUUGAGCUUCAGGGACAGGUUGACCCAGCACCCCGGCCUGGACCUCCUGCCUGGACAGCAGCCCCUGCCAUGGCCAGGUGCUUCCCAGAGGCCCCCCACCGCGCCCAUCCGCAACUGGCCACCAGCUCAUUCGUCCUCCUCCUGCUGACCGGCACCAUCUGCGUGGUCUUCCUGCUGCUUCCGCUCCAGGAUGAGCUGGGCAGCGCCCUGCCCCGAAUCCUACAUGUCACCCUGGGACAGAAGCUGGUGGCAGCCUAUGUGUUGGGCCUCCUUACCAUGGUGUUCCUGCGGAACUGAGCAUCCCACUCACCCUCCAAUCCUGCAGCCACACAGGGCUGAGAGAGCACUGUGACGUCAAGCCCUCAACGCCAGCCCCCCUUCUUCCUGCCCUUCCCUAAAGACCCAGGGAUUUGUAUUUAUUUUCCACGUUGAAUAAACUCCAAAUUUUGUAAGGAAAUGGA